AGACGUUCUCGAUAUCUGAGAUCCCGCGUCACAUGUGCGCGAUACGCGAUGUUCUGAGACGGCAGAGGCGCCCAUCUGGGUGCUUCGCGACGCGGGCAACGAUGCAGGCUGAUGCAGGCGGGACCCCACGGUUGUGGUAGAAGCUCCAUGGUCUGAGUUGUCUCCUCUCGCCCAACACACCCUGGGCAACAGCCAUGGCCACCAUCCAGUCGCGCCCGUUCUCGAAGAACUACAGUGGUCUCAUCAACCAGUCUGUAAUCGCCGGAUGCAUCUUCGUCCUCUGCAUCACUGCCCAUGAGUGCAUGAAGAGGAAGCGGAGGGGUGCCAACCGCAGUGAGAGAGUCGGCAGUGUCGAGUCCUGGGAGUUUGGAUACUUAUACCAGGGCCGAACAUGGGCAAGAAAACCUUCUCCUCCGACUCCAAGAGGUUGGCCCUUGAGCUGGGUCAAACAAGCCGCCAAGGUCUCUGAAGACCAGUUCAACGACUUGCGGGGGAUCGAUGCCACCCUAUACAUCCGCUUCCUCCGCGGCUGCUGGUGGUUUACGCUUAUUCAAUGUCUGACGACUCUCCCUAUCCUGCUGCCCAUCCACUCCAUUUUCUCCGAUGGUACCGUGUCGCCAAAGUCGAUGACACGCGCCUCGAUCACGUCACUGGUCAGCACAGCAAAGGGGCAAUCACUACUGUGGAUUCACCUACUCUUGCUGAUCUGGAUUACGGCAAGCUGGGUCGGGUUUCUGGUUUGGCUCAUGAAAGGCGUCUUCCACUUUCGUGCACGGAACAUCGUAGCCGCAGGCGAGGAACGCACGCGAAUUGACGAGCGCGACCUGGCGGACUACCUCCACCCUCAUCCGCGAUAUCCCUUCAAGUCGUCUGAACCCCUGGACACGGAACGGCUGAAUCGCGGCAUCCGAUUGAGGACCGUCAUGGUGACGAACAUCCCCCCAGGAUUGCGGACGGAGAAAGACCUAAAAGAGUACUUCGAAUAUUACCUCUCCCGACGGAUCGCGAAGCCGGCGCUUGGCAUCACGAGCACGACCCAGCCAGGUUUCUUCAAUAAGUCCUUCUCCUUCCUCCUAAACAGACUGUCUGGCCUGCUCGGGCACUGGCGGAUCGUGCCAGGUUCCCCCAAGCGCCAGUCGGAGGAGCAAGACGUAGGGGGCUUUGACCAACUCCAGUCCCCUACGACGAGUGGAGACGUCCCGGCCAUCGAGCGUGUUGCCCUCGUUCGCAGGAUGCACGAGCUCGCGAAUCUGCUGACGCGCCGCGAGGAGUACCUGCGUUUGCUCGAGACCGCCCAUAUUAAGCUAGCCAAGCGGGCACUGUCUGCGGUCAAGAGUUCCCUUGAGCAACAACAGGCCGAUGCUGCCAAGAUUAUCAACUCCACCACGAACAUCGGGUUUCAGUCUGGUGGCGAAGGCGAAGGCAGGGGGGACUCCAAGUACAGGGAUCAGCUCUUGGUGGAGACACUCAAGCCGUUCGUGAAAGCAGAGCGAGGCCGUAUUCUCUUCACGAAGAAGCCCGCGCAGCCCGACUACCUCCCCACCCUCACGGACUCGCCGCGCGAGCUCUCCCCGGUCGCACCCCCUUCCCCGACGAUGCACGAGCGCACGGUCUGGGAUGCGCUGCUGAGCCUACCGCGGAGUACGCUCGAGGCGUACCAGCCACUUACACGGCUGUCGACGCUUUAUCGCGGGCAGGUCGUGCCGACGAUCGACUUUUACACCGCGAAGCUGCAGCUGCUGUCGUCGGUGAUCACGGAGAAGCGCGCGCGGGCGCCGGGCGAUUACGAGGCGAUGUCGACCGCGUUCGUGACGUUCGAGGACCCUGCGGACGCGCGCAGGGCGUGUAAGUACCUCGCGGUGCACCCGUUGAACCCGCUGCAGUGCUUCGUGACGAUGGCGCCGUCGUAUGAGGACCUGGACUGGAACAGGCUUAUGAAGCCGACGUUCCAGGUGGAGUUCAUGAAAGACUGGCUAGUCAAUAUAGGAGUUUGGGGCUUCACGGUCUUCUGGAUCUUCCCUGUAUCGAUUUUCGUGACGUUGGUGUCGAUUCAGAACAUCAGUUCGUUCUGGCCUGGCCUCAAAAACUACCUAGACAAGCAUCCUUGGGAAGAAGAGCUCAUUCAGUCCUUCGUGCCGACGCUCCUCGUUUCGCUCCUAGCCCUCUUGAUCCCUCUCCUCCUACUGCUCAUCGCUAAGAAGGCGCACACCAUUGCGACGCUCUCAGCAUUGCACGAUAGGAUCAUGACGCGGUACUACAAGUUUCUCAUCGUGAAUGUGCUCGUCUUCUUCUGCGUCGGGACGGCAGCGGUGCAGUCAUUCCUUGUGUCGUUCAGCGCGACAUCAGGUUUGAGGGUAAUAGAGGUUGUUGCGGACAGCUUCCCGACCGCUGGGCCGUUCUACGUGGGAUGGCUGAUCUUCACGAUGGCGAUGCACGGGGGUCUGGAGCUUGCGUUGUUUGGGCUUCCAUUAUUGAUGUACCCGAGCACUCGAAGGCAAGUCACGCCAAGAAAACGCGCUGUAGGCAUACGGCCGCGAACGUUCAAUUAUUAUUACUGGCUUCCGAAUCACACUCUGGUUCUUCACAUCGUCGUGGUGUUCGCCGUUCUGAACCCGUUGGUCAUACCUUUCGCGUUUCUGUACUUCUGCGUAGCAUGCGCUGUUAUUAGGAAUCAGCUAUUGCACGUCUAUGCUAAGAACUACGAGGGGAAUGGUCAAACAAUAUUGAUACGCAUCAUUAGGUAUUCCUGUGAUGGACUCAUGCUCUCACAAGUUGUCUUCCUCGCUUACAUGGUCGUACUCAAAAAGAAGGCAAACGUGGGCGUGUCAGCUGUACUCAUCAUCCUAACCGCCUUCACGAAAGUAUUGCUCACGCGCAUAUGUCGGGCAAAAUUCGAACAAGCCGAUCUCUUGGAAGCACAGGUUGUCUGCGGGACUGCGGAUGUUCCCGAAGCUGUGCUGGAUGCUGCACAAACUAAGGAUAAAAGCGUCACUGUCACCGAGAUACCGACUAUUGCCGAACCCAAAGCGGGCUCCUCUCACAACAUACCAUCUGCCAUACGUGCUUGGCAAUUCCCGGACAGGAUAGGCAACGGUUAUGCUACAAUACCAAGACGGCCACAGCACAGAGCGGAGCGACACGGGAACCCUUUCUCUUCGAUGGACAGUACCGAUGCGUUACGGCCGGGCUCUCCGACUGUUUUUCCUCGCAUGUCUGACAACGAGGAGUCGUUCCCCGAUGUUCUCCCACGAAUUCCGGAAUCCGGUCAACCAACUCGGGAGCCGGCCGUAACGAGACACCCACCGCACCCGAGGUGGAACGAUGAGUCUUCCCCUGAUCAUCCUUACGACAAUCCGUACUAUGUCCAGCCCAUCAAGGACGAAUUGUGGCUUCCUGCAGAUCCAAUCGGCAUCCUCAACCUGGAUGACACGGUUAACAUGCGGGUUCCAUUGACGACCUCGCCUGGCGUAGGGCGGCUAGGUGACUGGUACGAAGACGAGUUCAUCGCUACUGGCCUGUCUUCGUUCCUCAGCAGCACGGCGAGCGUGGACCGACGCAUGGCUUCAAUUGACGGGCGUCCAAGACGCUUGAACGGGAUGGAGCAUAUAGAGCUGCCCACCGAGAUUGCAAGCCGCGUGGGCAGCCUUGACAUGGAGCGCGAAGUGGAAACGGUCCGCUCAAUGCGUCCCUCUUUACGGCAGCGGGAACGACAACACAGUCACGCGGGUACCAUGCCGUCGCCCGAGAUGGCCGAGAUGGGAUUCACGAAUGGAGCGAAUGGAAGCCCUCCACGCAUGGGCGGUUUGCGUUCGUCCUCGCUUGGACCCGGGAUGCCGGGGUAUCAGCGACAGCUUCCAUCCGCCUUCCUCAAUGUUGCGAACGCCGAUCGUCGAAACCGCUCGUUCUCUGACCACGAGAUGGCCGUGCGGCCAGGCCUGAACGUUCUGUCGAGAAGCAGUCUCCGUCUGCCACGAGCCAUGCAGCUGGAGGCGUCAACAGGCGGUAUGAGCAUUGUCUCGCUUCGUGAAGCCGUGGUCGAAGAAGCAAUUGUGGAGGAGGAAGAAGAGCAGGAACACUUCAGGCAGGAGGAGGUACAAGAAGAGAAAGCCGAGAAGCCACGGUCAAAGUGGACAUCAUGGAUGUUCACGAAAUGGUACUAGUGAUGUCCGACGACGUCUGUCUCUCACGGGUAUCAUUACAUCGUUGUUCUCGCCUCAUGUAUCAUUCACGUUUCAUGCUGGUUGAUGUCGUUACGCAUGGUCAUAUAACUUUAUACCUUAUGUAGAUGAUACCCUUCUCACCGUAGCAUAUUAGCACUUGGCUAUGUUCGCGCACGUCCCAACUACUAGUCACGCCUAUUAAUGGCUCGCAUGUCCUUUAUGUUUCUUUUCUUUGUCUAUCUGCAACUGCAUAUAUGUUUACAAAGGGUUGACACAGA